CUGCCCCUCACUUUCCCGAGCCCCUGGGGGAUGUGGCAGUGGAGGUCGGGGACAGCGUGACCCUGCUGUGCCGCGUCGAGGGCUCUCCCCCGCCAGAGGUCACCUGGUCCCGGCAGGACGGGAAGCCUGUGCCACGCUGGCAUGUGCCACGGGGUGUUCCCAGCCAGCCAGAGGCUGCCGAGCUCCUCAUCGACAGUAAGAGCCGAGGGAGUGCUGGCGCCUCUCUGGACGACCAAGCUGUCUACAUCUGCGAAGCCCAGAACGAGUUUGGGAGAAUCCAGGCAGAGGUCAAGCUCACGGUCACCGGACACGCAGCCCCAGAACUAGCUCUGGCAUCCCCUGUGGUGCGUGUGCUCCCUGGCCAGCCCGUGUCACUGCCCUGCGUGGUCCUGGCCGGGCGGCCGUUCCCAGCCCGCCGCUGGCUGAAGGAUGGGCAGCUGGUAGCCCCGGGCAGCCGCUACUCCAUCCGUGCUGACGGGAGCCUGCACGUGGAGCAGGCCCUGCAGGAGGACGUGGGCAGGUACACCUGCGAGGUGACCAACGCCCUCGGCUCACACCAGCAGGAUGUGUCCCUGCUCAUCCAUGUUCCUCCUAGCAUUGAGCCUGGCCCUGUCCUCAUUACUGCCACUGAGGGAUUGGCUGUUGCCCUGCAGUGCAAUGCCACCGGUGUGCCCCUGCCCACCAUCACCUGGGCAAAGGGCACGGAGCCCAUUUUGCCAAGCCCACACUACCACCUAGACCCCGAUGGGACCCUCCUGAUCCCGUCGCCCUCUCCUGAGGAUGCUGGGACCUACUUCUGCACGGCUACCAACACAGCAGGCUUCUCCAGCCAGGAGAUGCAGCUCUCUGUCAGCACAAAGCCCAGGAUCAGCGUGAACGGGUCACGGGCAUCGGAGCCCAUCAGCAUCCUGGCCCUGCCUGGGCAGGAGACCACCCUGCCCUGUGAGGUUCAAGGCCAUCCCCCUCCCUUGGUGGUGUGGACCCAGGAGUCCCAGCCUCUGCUGCUCACCACUGACCGCUACAGCAUCCUCCCUUCGGGGUCCCUCCGGCUGACUGACCCCCAGGUGACUGACACCGGCCGCUACACCUGCACGGCCACGAACGCCGUGGGGAACACCUCGCUCAGCUACAACCUGCACGUCCAAGCUCCCCCCCAGCUGCUGAUCGGUGAUGGAGAAAGCCACCUGACGGCUGUGGCCAACGACUCCCUGAGGAUUCAGUGCCAUGCCACGGGCACCCCCACACCCCAGAUCCAGUGGCUGAAGGACGGGCGUCCCCUGGGCGAGCAGGACGGGGCUGUGGUGUCCGAGGGCGGUGGGACUCUGCUGAUUGCCCGCGUGGGGCUCGCUCACGAGGGGCUCUACACCUGCCAGGACAGCAACUGGGCUGGCGUGGCCCAGGCAGAGGUGCAGGUUUCGGUGCAAGUGCCCCCGAACAUCGAGCCCAGCGCCGUGGAGCUGGCUGUGCUGGAGAAUGGCACCGUGUCCCUGGAGUGCCUGGCCUCGGGGCUGCCAGCUCCCGACAUCGUCUGGUACAAGGGGCACGAGCAGCUGGUGGCUGGACCUGGCCAAGCCCUGUCCCAGGAUGGGAAGCUGCUGGAGAUCCAGCAUGCCCAGCUCUCCCACGCUGGCACCUAUCGCUGCGUGGCCUCCAACGUGGCUGGUGUCACAGAGCUCUGGUACAGUCUGCAGGUGACUGUGCCCCCACGAAUCACAGCUGGCCCCAGCCCCCUCACCGUGGUGGUGAAUGAGCGGGUGACACUGGAGUGUGAUGCCACAGGGACCCCAGCCCCGGUGCUGCUGUGGCUGAAGGAUGGCAAUCCAGUGUCCAGCAUGGUGGCGAGUGGCCUGCAGAUCCUCUCCGGGGGGCACGUGCUGUCCCUGCCCACCGCUCGCCUCCGUGACUCGGGGACGUACACCUGUGUGGCCAGCAGUGCUGUGGGGGAGGACAGACGUGAGGCCACCCUCCAGGUGCGCUUGUCCUCCACUGCCCUGGGUGAAGAAGAGAACAUCUCUGUCAUCGUCAACCAGUCGGUGACCCUGGAGUGCCUGACUCCCGGGGUCCCCCCUCAGGAGUCCCACUGGCUGAAGGAUGGGAACUUGCUCACACCAAGGCCAGAUGUGCAGCUGUCUGUGGAGGGGACCGUGCUCCAGAUCGGGCGAGCCGCCGUGCAGGACGCGGGCAGGUACACGUGCCAGGCACCCGGCCACCAGAGACACUACAACCUCGACGUGUGGGUGCCCCCGUCCUUCUCCUCGGCAGAGCCCACCACUGUGUCCGUGCUGGAGGGACAACCUGUCAGGCUGACCUGCGAGUGCCAUGGGAUCCCCCUGCCCACCCUGAGCUGGUGGAAGGAUGGUGAGCCCCUCUCCACCCAGCCCGGGAGCCUGAAGCAGGUGUCCACGGGAGGAGGCGUGCUGUACAUCGAGAAGGUACGGCUGGUGGACGAGGGGAUGUACACCUGUGAGUGCAGGAAUUCCAUUGGCAGCAGCAGCAAGGAGCAGCGCCUGGAGGUGCACGGUGAGCUGGGGUCCAGCGACACGGGGCAGCUGUACGGGUGGCUGAAGGUGCUGUCAUCUCUCUCAACACAAGGUCCAGCUGGACCCAAGAGCUGGCAGCCGUUGCCUGCUGCCUUGGGUGUGUUGGGAAGGAUGCUGCUAGCUGGGGACUCACCCUUGCUUCACCCUCCUGCUGCCACCAUCCAGACCGAGUGUUUGGGCACCCACUCGAUCGUGGGUGAGGGGGUGGCUGCAGCACCUCCUCCAGCCUGUGCCCCUCUGCCCGCAGCGCUGCCGAGGACCCGGGGCAGCAGCCACGUCCCGAGGAAGGUCUCUGUCAUCAGGGCUGGCGAGACGGUUUUGGAGUGCGAGGCCACAGGUUCCCCCCCUCCCAGGGUGACGUGGGUGAAGGACGGGCAGCCCGUGGCUGCUGGGGACGGGCUCCUGCUGAGGGAGCGAGGGCGGCGGCUGCACAUCCCCAGGGCAGAGGUGACCCACACGGGACGCUACACUUGCCUGGUGGAAAACGUGGUGGGGCAGGAGCAGAAGGACUUUGAUGUCGUGGUGCACGUUCCUCCUGAGUUCGUUCAAGGAUCAGGAUCAACAACCAACGUCAGCGUCUCUCUGCAAGGAUCCAUGACACUGACCUGUGAGGCCACUGGCAUUCCCCUGCCCACAGUCACCUGGUCCUGGGAUGGCUCUCCUGUCACCCCCAGCGAGCACAUCCAAGUGCUUUCAGGGGGCUGGAUGUUGAGGCUUACCCGUGCACAAGCCCAGGAUGGUGGCCACUAUUCCUGCCUGGCCAGUAACGUAGCUGGGGAGGCCAGGAGGCAUUUCUACGUGGAGGUCCUAGUUCCUCCCUACAUCGAGAACGUGGAUGAAGAAGAGACCAUCAAGGUGCCUGAGGGUCACCCUGUCACCUGGUCCUGCCUGGCUGCAGGCAACCCCCACCCUAAGGUCACCUGGAUGAAAGACGGCCACCCGCUGCCCACUGGAGACACCUCCUCCAUCUCCCCUGAUGGCUCUGUGCUGCACAUCCCCCAGGCCUCCCUCUCUGAUGCUGGAAGCUACUCCUGCAUGGCCUCCAACUCCGUGGGAAAUCAAACCAAGUACUACCUGCUAGAUGUCUUGGCCCAUCCUACCUUUGCUGGAGAUGCCCACGAUGGUGCUGCAGAAGAAGUCACGGUGAUCAUCAACAACCCCAUCUCCCUGGUCUGCGAGGCUCUGGCCUACCCCUCUCCCAACAUCACCUGGCUCAAGGAUGAGGUUCCCCUCAAAGCCUCUGGAAAUAUCCUCCUGCUCCCUGGUGGCCACGGGCUGCAGAUCCUGAAUGCCCAGGAAGAUGACGCAGGCAUGUACAGCUGCAUUGUGGCCAGUGAAGCUGGAGAAGUUGUGAAGAACUACGCUGUGAAGGUCCUGGUUCCUCCUUGGAUUGCCAGAGAUGACCCUUUGGGGGAAUUUGCUGUGAAAGAGGUGAAAACCAGGGUCAACAGCACAGUGACUCUGGAGUGUGAGACCUGGGCUGUGCCCGAGCCAACCAUCCAGUGGUACAAGGACAAGAAGCUCCUGGAAAGCUCCAGCCACCUCCAGAUCCUUAGUGAGGGACAGGUUCUUCAAAUCCAACCAGCCCGUGUCUCUGAUUCGGGGCACUACACCUGCGUGGCCACCAACACCGUGGGUGAAGAUGACAGGGACUUCAUUGUGCAUGUCCAAGUGCCACCCCUCUUCCAGCAGCAGAUGAGCUCUAAUGAAGCCCUCGAGAUGUUCUACCGGGAGGAAGACCAGGAUGGGGAGGUGACAGAGCACCGGCAAGCUGUCCUCAACCAGCCCACUGCGCUCUACUGCGACACCAACUCCAUCCCACCCCCGCAGAUCUCUUGGUACAAGGAUGGGGAGCCCCUCUCCCCUGGACCAGGGGUGCUGAUGCUGCUAGGGGGCCGGGUGCUGCAGCUGCCCGUGGUGCGGGAGGAGGAUGCGGGCAGGUACACCUGCGAGACACCCGGCGCCGAGGGGCAGGAGCGGCUGCACUACGAGCUGGAGAACCUGGCUGAGGAGGGGACGGCCACCGUCAAUGGCACCAUCUGCUUCAAGUGUGAAGCUGCUGGGCACCCCGUGCCCACAGUGUCGUGGCUCUGGAAUGACAUCCCUAUUGUGGCCGGCCCACGGCACCACCUCCUGGAGGGUGGCAUGGUCCUGCAGGUGACCACAGUGGAGACGGGUGACACUGGCAGCUACACGUGUGUGGCAGAGAACCCAGCCGGGUCAGCAGAGAGGCACUUUGCUCUCACCGUGCAGGAAUCUUCCUGGACUGUGGGCCCAAACCCCAAAAAUGUGGAUGGUAUCAACAGCAGUAUCUCCCUGGUGUGUGACAUCCAGUCCCACCCCACGGUGGAGCCCAGCUGGUACAAGGAUGGCCACGUCCUGCAGCUCAGUGAGGAGGUGACCAGAACCCCAGUGCCCCCGGUCCUGAACAGCCCAGAGACCAGGGAGGAGCAGAUGGUGGCCGUGGGCUCUGAUGUCACCUUUACCUGUGAAGCCACUGGGUCCCCAGCCCCCACGGUGACCUGGCUGAAGGAUGGCAAGCCCCUGGCACGCCAGGGCAGCUGGGUGCCCAGUGGUCCACAGCUGAGCCUGGUGGCCGUGGGGCCAGCUGACACGGGGCUGUACUCCUGCCUGGUGGCCAAUGAGGUGGCAGAGGCCAGCAAAGCCUUCCACCUCCUGGUGACAGAGCCGCCCCGCGUCGAGGCUGCGUCCUACCCCACUGAGAUGUCCAUCACCGUGGGCACCUCCCUAGAGCUGACAUGUGUGGUGACAGGUGUCCCCACACCCACUGUCACCUGGGAGAAGGACGGGCAGCUGCUGGCAGGGCCCUGGCUCACGUCAGGGAAUGAGAGCACCCUCCGCAUCGAGACCACUGAGGUGGCUGAUGCUGGCUUGUACACCUGCCUGGCCACUAGCCCUGCCGGGGAGGACAGCAGGAGCUUCCACAUCAGCAUCCAAGCACCUCUCAGCAUCACGAGUGUUGGAGAGACCCCCAGCAUCACCACUGUGGCAGGGGGGCAGCUCAUCCUGGAGUGCCCUGGGGAUGCCACGCUACCCCCCCGCAUAGAGUGGCACUGGGAGGGGUCCCCGCUGCGGGCGCAGAUCGAGGCCGGGGAGGCGCCCGACGGCGGGCACUACAGCUGCAGGGGCACCAGUGCCCGGGGGGGCACCAGCCUGCGUGCCCAGGUGGAGGUUCACGUGGCCCCGGAGAUCCAGGCGGGCCCCGAGGAGGCGAGGGCACUGCUGAACAGCUCCGUGGUGCUGCCGUGCCAGGCACGGGGCUGGCCCGUGCCCCAGGUGACGUGGUGGAAGGACGGACAGCUCCUGCCCCUUCGUGGGACCAAGAGGCUGCAGCUCCUGCCGGGCGGCUCCCUGCAGAUCAGCUCUGUUCAGCUCCAGGACUCAGGCUAUUACCUCUGCACGGCAUCCAGCCCUGCUGGUUCCGACCGGCGAGGCCUGGACCUUCAUGUCCUGGCAUCUCCCACCAUUGCCCCCGGGCCCUCCAACCUCACCCUGCUGGCUCAGCAGCCAGCCACACUGGGCUGUGACACCUGGGGAUCCCCUGAGCCCCAUGUCAGGUGGGAGAAGGAUGGUCACCCCCUCAACACCCACGUCCCACUUGGCGCCUACAGCUUGCAGCCCUCGGGGUCCCUGCUCAUCACCAGCCCCGGUCCCUGGGACGAGGGGCAGUUCGAGUGCAUCGCCAGCAACGCUGCCGGGGAGGCACGCAAGGUCUUCCUCGUGUCCGUCCACGUGCCUCCCACCAUU